AUGGCUCAAGACAGCUCCCUCGACUGGUCCACCCUCAUCUCGGAGCGAGGCCGCCGCUGGGAACCUUCCGCCAUUCGCGGCCUGUUCCCCCUCGAGAAGAUCCCGGGCAUGGUCUCGCUCCUCGCAGGCAAGCCCAACGCCGACACGUUCCCCUUUUCGGCCAUCAAGGUCGACCUCAAGCCCAUCAUCCCGGGCGACCCGGUCGAGACGCUCACGGUCGAGUCGGACGCGCUCAACGAGGCGCUCCAGUACGGCGCGACGGCGGGUCUGCCCAACCUCGUCAAGUGGAUCGAGAACUUGCAGGAGACGAGGCACAAGCGGGCCAAGGACGGCAGCUGGAGGGUCAGCCUCGGCAGCGGGAGCCAGGACCUCAUCAACAAGGCGUUCCACUCGCUCGUCAACGACGACGACUCGAUCCUGAUCGAGUCGCCGGUGUACUCGGGCACGCUCGGCCUGCUGAACCGGUUCCAGGUCAACCUCAUCGAGCUCCCUGUCGACAACGAGGGCCUCGACCCGGCCAAGCUUGAGGAGACGCUCGACAACUUUGCGACGCUGUACCCGGGAAAGCGCUUCCCGAGGUUGCUCUACACCAUCCCGACCGGCUCGAACCCGACUGGCGCGACCGCGCCUGAAUCCCGCCGCCAGGCCGUCCUCGCCCUCGCCCGCAAGCACAACCUGCUCAUCCUCGAGGACGACGCGUACCACUUCCUGUCGUUCGACCCGACGCACCUCGUGCCGAGCUACUUUGAGCUCGAGGCGCGCGACGGCGGCAAGACGGGCAGGGUCGUCCGCUUCGACUCGUUCUCCAAGAUCCUCAGCUCUGGUAUGCGCCUCGGCUUCGUGACGGGCCCCAAGGAGCUCCUCGACGUCAUCGACCUGCACACGGCCAAUACCAACUUGCAGCCGUCGUCGACGACGCAGGCCAUGGUGCUUGUCCUGCUCAACAAGUGGGGGCUCGACGGCUUUAUCGCCCACACGCAGCGCGUCGCGGCCUUUUACAAGGCCAAGCGCGACAUGUUUGAGCGCGUCGCGCACCGGUACCUCGACGGGCUCGCGACCUGGGUCAGCCCCGAGGCGGGCAUGUUCCUGUUCCUCGACCUGCACCUGACCAAGGACGGCACGGCGGGCGACUCGUCGUCGCUCAUUUCGACGACGGCGGUGCAGAAGGGCGUGCUCGCCGUGCCCGGCAUCGGCUUCUUGCCCAACGGCGGCGUGUCGUCGUUCGUGCGCGUGUCGUUCUCGCUCGCGACGGAGCAGGACGCCGAGCUGGCGUUUGAGCGGUUGCGCGAGUGCGUCCUCGAGGCGAGGGGCGAGGCGUAGAUGGAGGUCGCGUGCGCCUAGACUGUCUAUCGUGCUUGUACUAGAGCGUUCUGUCGCCCGCUC